GUGCCAAACAACAGAAUGAGAAUGAACCAUCCUCAUCUAAUUGGAGCCGACCGCAUUAUAUUACUACUAGUAGUGGUCAUGGCGUCCCGCAUUUCCCUCGCUCGCUCCAUCCACAUCCACGUCCACUACCCUCUCCAACCCCUCUGCCCAUUGCGACGCCCCUCUCACCCCCGCAUUCUUCACCCCAAAUCCCGCCCCUGCCCCCUCUGGUCCUCUUCCUUCCCCCGCUGCCUCCGCCUCCAAACCCUAAUCCGCCGCUCCUUCUCCGUCUCCGAUUGCCCCAAGAUGUCCUCCCCCCCCGACGCCAAUCCUCUCCUCAAGGAUUUCGAUUUUCCGCCCUUCGACGCCAUCGCAGCGGAGCACGUUCGCCCCGGGAUUCGCGACUUGCUGAAGAAACUAGAGAGUGAACUGGUUGAACUGGAGAAGGCGGUGGAGCCGACGUGGCCGAAGCUGGUCGAGCCCCUGGAGAAGAUCAUCGAUCGCCUGGCCGUGGUCUGGGGCGCCGUUAAUCAUCUGAAGUCUGUUAAGGACACUGCCGAACUCCGUUCCGCUAUCGAGGAAGUUCAGCCAGAGAAAGUUGAGUUUGAGCUUAAGUUGGGGCAGAGCAAGCCACUUUACAGUGCAUUUAAAGCUAUCAGAGAAUCUUCUGAGUGGGAAUCACUGAGUGAUGCUGGUAAACGUAUAGUGGAAUCUCAAAUAAAGGAAGCAGUUCUUAAUGGUGUGUCUCUUGAAGAUGAUAAAAGAGACCAAUUUAACAAAAUUCAACAGGAGCUUGCAAGGCUAUCUCAAAAAUUUGAGGAAAAUGUUUUGGAUGCCACAAAGAAGUUUGAGAAAUUAAUUGUGGAUAAGAAGGAGAUCGAAGGACUUCCAGCCACUGCUCUAGGAUUGGCUGCACAAACAGCUGUGUCCAAGGGCCAUGAAAAUGCUACAGCUGAAAAUGGUCCAUGGGUGAUCACUUUGGAUGCUCCAAGUUACAUGUCUGUGAUGCAACAUGCUCGAAAUCGAUCUCUGCGCGAGGAAAUCUAUCGUGCUUUUGUAAUGCGUGCUUCUAGUGGAGAACUAGACAAUACUGCAAUUAUUGACCAAAUUUUAUCGCUACGGUUGGAGAAGGCUAAGCUUCUAGGCUACAAUAACCAUGCUGAGGUAAGCAUGGCUACCAAAAUGGCAACUGUAGAUAAAGCACAAGAGCUCCUAGAAAAGCUUCGGAGUGCCUCUUGGAGUGCUGCUGUCAAAGACAUGGAAGACCUCAAACAGUUUUGCGAAACCCAAGGUGCCCCCGAAGCUAAUGAUUUGAGCCAUUGGGAUAUCACCUUCUGGAGUGAGAGGCUUCGUGAGUCAAAAUAUGAAAUAAACGAGGAAGAGUUACGCCCAUAUUUCUCAUUGCCUAAAGUUUUGGAUGGCCUUUUCAACCUUGCAAAGAUGCUGUUUGGGAUUCAAAUUGAACCUGCUGAUGGUUCAGCUCCGGUUUGGAACAAGGAUGUGAAGUUCUACCGUGUCAAUGAUUCUUCAGUCAAUCCAAUUGCAUACUUCUAUUUUGACCCAUAUUCUCGUCCAUCUGAAAAACGAGGUGGUGCGUGGAUGGAUGAGGUUGUUGCUCGGAGUCGUGUAUUUUCCCGAGAUGGUGCCUCUCCUAGGUUACCUGUUGCUCACAUGGUCUGCAAUCAAAUGCCACCAGUUGGUGACAAACCAAGUCUUAUGACUUUCCGUGAGGUUGAGACGGUCUUCCAUGAGUUUGGUCAUGCUCUUCAGCAUAUGCUGACAAAGCAAGAUGAGGGUCUAGUUGCUGGUAUUCGAGGAAUAGAGUGGGACGCCGUCGAACUUCCCUCUCAAUUCAUGGAAAAUUGGUGUUAUCAUAGGGAUACUUUGAUGGGCAUAGCAAAGCAUUAUGAAACUGGGGAGAGUCUCCCUGAAGACAUAUAUCAGAAGCUCCUUGCAGCUCGAACUUAUCGUGCAGGCUCCCUAAGUCUUCGUCAGUUGAGAUUUGCCUGUCUUGAUCUGGAGUUGCAUACCAAAUAUAUUCCUGGUGGAUCAGAAUCGAUCUAUGAUGUUGAUCAGAGGGUUAGUAAAAGAACACAAGUAAUCCCUCCAUUGCCAGAGGACAGGUUUCUUUGCAGUUUUAGCCAUAUAUUUGCAGGUGGAUAUGCCGCUGGAUACUACAGUUAUAAGUGGGCUGAGGUGUUGUCUGCAGAUGCUUUCUCCGCAUUUGAGGAUGCUGGAUUAAACGAUGAGAAGGCUGUCAAACAAACAGGGCAAAGGUUCCGGGAAACUAUACUUGCUCUGGGAGGUGGAAAGGCACCAUUAGAGGUGUUCGUGGAAUUCCGAGGCCGUGAACCUUCUCCGGAGGCACUGCUCAGGCACAAUGGCUUGCUGUCGGUCUCAGCUUCUGCUUGAAAUGAGAAAUUAUGAAUCUCUAGCUAGUAAAUUAGCCCCCAAAAGGAGAUUUGGAAGCUUUCAUUCUUAAUUACAUCUUUUUCCCUCUUAGAUCUUUAGUGCUGAUUUUAUGUUGUUACAAUAUUGAAGUAAUAUUGAAGUAAUUUCAAAA